AUGGCAGCUGCGAUCGGCUUUCCUGGAUCUUGCAUGCGGCUGCAUGGGGUUUUAUUACUGCUUGUUUUGCUCGUGGCACAUGCAUCAAAUUGCUCUUACGACAUACUUAUGGUCGACGACCGUCCAUUUAAGAGGCUGAGCCCUUUCACGGCACCCUAUUGGGUGAUGAGUGCUGCGCUCAAUGUGGCGUUCGCCAGGGAGCACGAACAUGGAUUUCACCAUGUUCGCCCUUCUAACUCCAAGGUUCCAGAGCGCAUGAAAAAUUCCUUUAAGGGGUGGAACAAGGUGCUGUACAUCAACCAGCUUCUCAACUUACAAGACAGGUCGCAGUGCAAGUGGAUCCUGUAUGUUGACAGUGAUGCUUUUGUCCGCAGUAGCUUUUCCCUUGAACGGAUUGUGGACAGGCUCCUCAGGAAGUAUCAGCGCCCACACGACUGUCGAUCGUCGGCGAUUUUUGCUGCAGAAUAUCCCAUAGACUAUGCCAUCAAGCUUGAGAACAUCACUGGGCCGGGAGGCUCGCUGAUUUCUGAUGACUUGCAGCCGACCUGGAUAAACACCGGGGUUUUCUUCGUUCGAGCUGACUGCCCAGCUUCCAUGAAACUGUUUCGGCGCUGGCUGGCAUGGGCAGCUCUCCUGAACGACGACCGCUUAUGGUUUGAGUGGCCAGGGGAGCAGGGCAUCAUGACUGAGCUAUUGCAGCCAAACAGCUAUCCGCCCGCGGUGCCGGAAGGCUCCUUAGAAGCCCUCGGGAACCUACAGGACAUCCGAGACUCCGUGGUAGUUGUGCACAUGAAAGAGUUCAACAGUCCCUUUGGCCGUGACAUUCAACAUGCUUGGGGUUCUUCAGAAGAAGAUGCACGGUUGCGAGACUGGGCCAUGGCUGAUGCCUUGUUGCGCAUUGGAAAAGCCGAUCCUCGAAGUUUUUUGGAGCUUUGUCGCGAGGUCCUCCACCGUUCUUUCCUGUGGACAAGACCUGCGCUGGUCAGUGAGGAAUAA